AUGAGAUUUCAAUUUUCGGCACUAAUGAACGCCCUGCUUCCUUACCUGGCCAUACACCAUGGAGCAAAUGCAGUUUUCGUGGCACGAUUCAUCCUUGGAGCCGGUGAGUCGUUCAUCUAUCCCUGUAUCAACACAAUGGUUACGAACUGGUUUCCCAUUGAUGAAAGGAGCACCGCAGUUGCGCUUUUCACCACAGGAAACCAAGUCGCUCUCUUUCUCGGUAAUCCACUUGCUGCUGGACUAUGUGACUCCAGUUAUGGAUGGCCAUCUGUCUACUAUAUUUCGGGUUCGCCAACUUUUUUUGGUCGAUAUACUUCACCUUUUCAUAGAUCCAACCCAGCGAUGCCGUCGUUGUAUAUAUCACGCCGUGGAGAUGUAGCAAAAUUCCCGCCUUCUGAAUCUGUGUAG